AUGCAUGAUCACUCAGCCAUCAAGACGCAAACCAAUCCUCGAGGGUCAUCUCCAUCUGUAUGGCAGCUACGUGAUCCCUCAUCAAAUGAGACUCCUAGUGCAUUUAUUGACCUUCGAAAGCCCCCUCCUCCCCCUCCACUUACAGCAGCAACAACAGCAACAAUGUCAAACAAUGUUGGAGCGCCAAUAGCAGUCAUAUCAACCAACGCUUCUCGUACAACAACUAAUCCGACGGCACCUCUCAAGAUCACCGCUCCAUUAGUCAGUUUGGUGUGUCAUCCGGCACCUCCUCCGCCUCCAAAGCGGUCACCUCAAACCGUCCUCACUGGGUAA